AUCGGAACGUCCCCGAGCGCACAGUGUUGAGGAGAGUAUACGGCGAAUGAGACUAUUUGGGAGGAGAUAACGGUCUUUUAUUUAUCUCCGCUCUAACGAAAACAACAAUUUAAAUCAUAUUUUGUCCAGAGGGUCGUCUAACCACAGCCAUCGAAACGUGGGGGGGAACGAGGGAUUUGAUCCGCAAGUUUUUUUCUUUUACAUUUUUUUUCUUUUCAUAAAAAAGGAUUCUGUUGGUGGUUUGCUCGCACUCUCGACGCAAAGAUGAUGGUCGGGGAGAUCGAAGUGAAGGAGAGACCGAGGCCGAGUCCCGACUAUUUGAUGCAAUUGUUAAACGAAAAGAAGCUGAUGACCAGUUUGCCAAAUCUCUGCGGAAUCUUCACACACCUGGAGAGGCUUCUGGAUGAAGAGAUCAACAGAGUACGUAAGGACAUGUACAACGACACAGUGAACGGCCUGGUAGACAAACAUCCCAUGGAGCUGCCCGAGGCUCUGGGCCCCAUCAUCCACCUGCAGGAGAAGCUGUUUGUGCCUGUAAAAGAGUACCCCGACUAUAACUUUGUGGGGCGAAUCCUGGGUCCGCGAGGCCUGACGGCCAAGCAGCUGGAGGCAGAGACGGGCUGCAAGAUCAUGGUGCGAGGGAAGAGCUCCAUGAGGGACAGGAAGAAGGAGGAGCAGAACAGAGGCAAGCCCAACUGGGAGCACCUAAACGAGGACCUGCAUGUCCUGAUCACAGUGGAGGACACCCAGGCCCGGGCCGAGGUCAAGAUGAGGAGAGCCGUGGAGGAGGUCAAGAAGCUCCUGGUGCCUGCUGCGGAGGGUGAAGACAACCUGAAGAAGAUGCAGCUGAUGGAACUGGCCAUCCUGAACGGGACUUACAGAGACACCAACAUCAAGACACCCACCCUUGCGUUCUCUCUUGCAGCGGCGGCCGCCGCCGCUCAGGGCCCCCGCCUCAUAGCGGCCCCCCCGGGCCAGGUGCUGCCCCCUGGGAGCAUGCGCCCCCCAACACCAGGAGGGACCCCCAUCAUGAACAUCAUCAGACCAGGCCAAAUGGCCGCCAUGCUCCCCAACGGCACCCCCACCCUGGUGCCCCCCACGCCAGAUGGCGGCAUCAUCUACACCACCCCCUAUGACUACCCGUACACCCUGGCGCCCACCUCCCUGCUGGAGUACCCCCUCGAGCACAGUGGGGUUCUAGGUAAGCGACCCUGGGGCAUGGGCGCCGCCAGCUUUAGCCCCGGACAGGAGGGCAGCUUUUUUUACCACGGUGGGUUACUGGACGCGGCUUCGAUGAGCCACAGUCAGGACUUGUUGAAAGGUGCAAUGGCUACUAAAGUGAGACGGCAUGACACUCGGGUCCAUCCUUACCAAAGGAUUGUGACCGCAGACAGAGGUCCAGGGGAAGGAGAAAUAAAGAUGCAUUCUUUACCCGGAGGAUUGGAGUGGUUCCUCUGAUGGAUCAGUCCGCCACCGGCAACUAACACAUGACCUUCUGACCUCUGAACUCUUCACCCAAUGACGAGCCGCCCCAAGCCUGCCUGCUGAUCAGUUAACUGGUAAUUGCCUUUUGCUAGCCUCUCGGACGCAAUGACAGAGGCGCCUGCCCAUACAGUUACUCUAACAUGUCUGGAUGAAAACACAAACACCACAAUCUCAUAGCAAACACAACAAAACCCAUCAACAAGUUGUGUGACUUUUAUUUUAUUUUAUGUUAAUUUCCUUCUUGUUCAUUGAGUUAUAAUUCCCAUUCUCUCUCUUUCUUUUUCUUCAUGAAUCACAAAGUGGGUGGAUGUGUUGUUACUGAAUCUGCACUGAAUUAUAUAGCAAUAAAACUCCUCCCCCAACCCCCCCCACCUGCUCUGAUUCGGUGACCUCACUAGUUUGAAAUAAACAACUUUCAAUUUGAGUUGAUCUCAUGCUAUAUGCUGUCACACAAUGAUGACAUCACCCUACCCCUCCCAAGACCCCCCCCUCCCCCCUCCUGUUCCAAACCCGCUUGGGCAAAGAAAAAGAAAGAAAAAGAGAGGGAACGAGAAACGACACUCACACAAACUUGUUAACUUCUGUCAUUUUCACGUGAGUCCUGUUGUUAUCCAAUCUCUUGAUACGUAAUUAUGUGCUGACACAUUCUGGGUGUGCCCUGAAGCGGCUGUUUUUAAAAGCAUGGCUAAAUUGAUUGCAAACAGAGCUUUUUAUGAUUUCUGUUUGUGUUCCGUUUCUCCUGUGUUUUAUUUUCUCCACACUUGAUUAUGUUCUUAGUCGUACACAUCUCCCUUCUCUCUGUACUGAGAAAAUUGCCAAACAAAGCAGGUAGUGAGAACGGAACGCAACUGGCACCUGAUCCCUGUAGCGGGCAGCAAGCUGCAGUCAGGACAUACUAUGGGGGUAGGAUGGGAAGGGGAAGAAUAGGAUGAAGAGUCUGUGUGUUUUUAAUACUAUUGAGUUUAGGACGUGCCGAGGUUGUUGGGGGCAGUGGAACAGUGGAUGAGUAAAGUCCACUAGCUACUGACCAUGACUAUCGCCCUCCACACGUCCACUAUACAGUGCCUGACAGAUUUAGAAAUCUCAAUGAAUUAAGCGAGCUGUGAUUAAAAAAACAAAAACAAAAACAAACUUAACAAAAAAAAAAAAAAUAUUAACGUGUGCAUAUUUAGCCAAAGGGUUUCCAGUUUAACUAUAUCUAUAUAAUUAUGUAUCUAACUGCCGAGGGCUCUCUUAAUAAUCUUAGAGUUAAAAGGGUGUGUUGUGGUGCCUGCAUAAAUUAAAAAUGAUAGCCAAUCAGUAAGCCAGAGAUUCUUCAUCUUUGCGGUCCCAUGAAGAGAGAACCAGACGAUUAACACUAAUGAUCCUCAUAGAUAAGACAGCUCCUCAUAGUGAAGCAUUGUACAUACAUAUAAUUUUUCCUCUAUUUUUGAUUUUGCCUUCAAUUUUGAUUUAAGUUAAUGCAUCCUCCCCCCCUGCCAAAAGAACAAGCCAUUUUUAGUUCUAUAUUUUUCCAGUUGUCUCUGACUUGUGUGUGCUCACACAAGUCAGAGACUUGUGUGAGGUUUUUUAACCCCAUUUAAAAUCAUCAGGCAAAUCAUCAGGCGUCUUAUGCUGGCCCUCCUGAGAAUCAAAUUAAUUUUGGAAUAAUUUUUAGAUUUUAUUUGAACCCUUUACACAUCAUUCUAAGUGUUGUGCAUCCACAAUGUGUCUCUUGCACAUCCCAUAAUGGUAGUCCAGCUCCUGAGCCCCUAACUGUUUCUUUAACUCUUUCUCAAGAUAAAAUAGGAUGUGAAAGCCAUGCCUGCCUGUUCAAAUUGCUUUAUACAUACCUGUUAUAUAUAUAUAUAAAUAUAUACCAAUGUAGAUACCGGUCAUUGCAUAUAAACAUACAGAGGAGAACAAAAUUAGAUACUUUUACAGGAUGCUGGAGAAGAAUAAAAAUAUAUUUUUGGCAAUUUUAGCUUUUUAUACUUAACUUGCAGUUACAAAAAAUAAAAAAACCAUAAAAAAGUUUAAAAACAGAAUACAUAAAAAGGAAGAAAAAGAUGUUGAGAAAGAGGCUGUGUUACUUUGGAUAUUAUUGGCGAGGAAAAUAAAGACCAAACCAGUCAUACCCUAGGAAAGAUGUGAGAACUGCUGUGUGUUGGAGGGAGAGACUUCAAGAGAGCAUUAAACGAUGGUUUCAAAAGUGCCUUAUUGACGGUCGUUUCUGUUUUCCAAGUGUCAACAUUCUGUUUCAAUAAUAUCCAGAACCAUCAAGGAAAGUGCAGUGGGAUCAGAGGCAGGUGGUCUUGAGCUCUUAGUGUUGAGCCCGGUAGCUCCAUCAUAUUGCUGAGCUGCCAAAGUUAUUCUAUGCAAAAAGAAUAGCAGUCGUUUGACCAGCUAAAUAUGUGCCAUGGUUUUGUCUUCCUGAGAUUCAGUUUUUGUUUUUUGUUUUCUUAAUGGCCCCUAACUCUGUCAUUUUGAACAAGAUGGUUUUUCUUUAAAAUUGAUUUCCUUUGUUGUGACUCUGGUAAUUGUAUCACUGUUAUUAUCUUUAUUUCUGGUUACUGUGACUACUCUUCCAAGAACAAAGUGAACUGCCAAUAACCAAGCAGGGCUCUGCCAGGAUGUGUUUUAAUAAUUAAGCUGAGGAAAAAAAAUGAAUUUAGAGUAAAUACGAUUAACUGGAUGGUGGUCCGUUUGCGAGAAAAUUCUGUUGUUGAAAACUCUGUUGUUUCUAAAGCUGGAAACCACCAGUUUCCUGGUGAGCUUCUCUCCCUGAGACUGAGCCCACAUGACUCUGGGUGAAUCACUCACAAGCCACACCUAUGCUUUUCCACUAAACUUGAGUGAGUAAAGCUAAUCUAAUCAUAAGACGUACAGUCCCAGAAUCAAUGUUUCCAAAUCUGGAUGUGAUGUUACAAGAAUGGGUGGUUGGGGGGGGGAGGGGGGGGUAGUGGAAUUGGCUUGUGAUAAUAGUGAAAACAUUUAUGAUGAGGAAAGAAAAGCAGACCGGUGCCAAUUUAGACUGUGGUCAGUUCAGCUAUGACUGGGAAAAGCCUUGCCUUUGUGUCUAAGUGAAUCACCGGCAACUGAUUUUCAGUUAUUGAAACAACCUGAGGUUUCUUCUAACUAGAAUUUUGCAUUCAAAUGAGGUAUUUUGGAGAAAUAUACCUUCCCUGGCAGUCUAUGAUGCUCUGUAUUUUUCCUCAUACAUACUGUUACAGCGAAAAGGUCAAUUCAAUCUUUUUCUUUUCUUCUUUUCAGUGUUAUGAACUAUAUUUUAAAAAAUGAAAUGCAAUAUUAAAGUGGAGCAAGAGAUGACAAUUCAGCAUUUGACAGUAUUAAGAUAGUCCCUCUGCAAUGUUCCUACACGCUGUGUCAUUGUACAAGGCUGGUUAAGUCAUCAGGUAAAUGGUGAACUCUACCGCACUCUCUCUGACCUGCCUACUACAUGUAUGAUAAUGUAAUUUACAGCCAUUGUUACAGGUUUAUAAUGUAUUUUUCUAAUCUCAUUUUAUAUGUAUAUUAUAAAAGCAUUUUUCUGACUCUUUAUUUGAUAAAGCCCACUGCAAUUUUUUUUUUACGCCCCUCCUCUCUCCCUAUGCUCCCCACAUCCACUCAUACAUCUUGAAAUCUGUCUCUCUCCUGGGGAGUGUUGCCUUUCCUAGAGUUGUAUUUUGUUUUUCUUGCCAAUUCCUAGCUUGUUUAACUCAUUAGCAACUUUAUUAGUUUUCUUGUCAUAAGUAUUUUUACAUGCUUGCAUUUAGUUUUCAUGGUGUAUGCUGUUAUUUUUCUUAUUAACCCCUUGGCAUUUAUUUUAAUAAACAUUCUUAGUAAGAAUUUUACUAACUUGCUGAUAUUUUUUGUCUUGUGUUUUUAACCAGUUUAAUGAAUGUACUACCUUGGUCUGGUUCACGGACUAACACAAUUAAAACUGGUGUCUGGCCACCACACACUUACAGUACACUGACACACACACACACACCUCAAGUACACUCCAGUACACACAAACAACAGUCCUUCAUCAUGCAUGCACCACAUACACAGAUUUGCACACACACUGCCUAACUGGAACCUGUGCACGAGCCGAACUGUCCCUCACACCCGCUCACGCACUCUCACCUGUGUUGCUGGAAAGAUCUGCUGACACCCUUCAAAUCUCCCCCCCCCUCCACCCCCACCACGCUGCUGUGUCCCGUGUCUCUUUGUCUCCAUGACAACUCUCUUGUUGUGUUGUCCUGUCAGAACACCAUCUCAGAAGGGGAAAGCUACUCUCUAGGAUCGGAUCUGUAGGGAUGCAAGAGGAAAAUAACGUGAUUAUUUCCCAAGAACAAUGAAGCUACAGUCCCAAGCUACAGACCAGACUAGAUACAUUGAUAAGAGAACGCCAUUGGAAGGGAUUUACCUCGCUUCAUCUGUUGGGGGGGGGGGGGGACUGUCGCUAUAAAGAUGGAAUGCUGACGGUAGCAGAGGCAAAACAUUGGUGCAUGUGUAGCUGCUUGAAACACUGAUACACUCACAGCCAAAGGGCUUUCGCAAUUAUAACUGUUCCUUAUCCAUAAUCUAAGAACACUACUUAUAUAGAUAUUGAUCAAUUCACACUUCAGUAAUAAGUAAAUUGGCUAUAGAACAGGAUGCAUGAAUUUAGUUGUGUUCUUGUGCUACACGCAGGUCCUGAACACUUUAGGAUAUUGGUGCCCCCUUCGUCUGUGCCUAUUGACUGGCUGAUAGUAGGUCAUUUGGGAGGACCUCUAAUGUCAAAGGAUAUUGUGUAAUUCUGCUUUAUAGUACAUAUAAACUGCUUCCACAUUGUCAGACUCUAAACCCGUAGUGUAGUAUUGUCAAACUUUGGGAUCAAAAUAUAAUUUAUAGAAUUGAGAUGAAGUUGUAAAAGUCUAAGAAACUGCCUCGAGCACAUCCAGUGUUUACUAAUGUGUGGGUUUAGGCUCCGGGUCUCCUUCAGUUCUGCUCUUCUUGUAUUCGUGGCUUCCCUUUUUUCUUCCUCCACUAAUCGAGGUGUUGAAACUGACAAACACGCAAAGAUUAACCUAAUUUUAUUUUUAUGAUGAUUACUUUAACCCACUGAGUGUCUCUGCACAACAGAAACAACCCAGGCUUUAACCGUCUAAUUCCUUAGUUUCUUCAAGUAAACAAAGCGAUCAAAGCCGCUAACAUUUGACUUUCUCCGCUGACUGACAUUAACAUUCUUCUUCCUGACCCGAGCAUGGGUGUUAUCUCUGCUAACACCUGGCUCUAGACACCAGCAAAGAAGAGACCACCCAGUUGAAUAAAGGGACGCUUGUCAAUCUAGAUAUUGGCAUUAACUAAUGGGAGCAAGGUUUCUGUCAAUUUCGUUUGGUGUUCUCAAUAUGCAUCUUUCCCCAUUCGUUUGUGCAGUUAUUUGGAAAUUGGAAAUUCUCUGUAUCAAAAGAACAACCGUAUCUGAAUUCCGUCCUUGAAAAGGAGACUAACCCAUCUGAAGGGUAGUUAAGGGUUUUUUAGGAAGGCUUGUUCUCUGAACUAAACUUUUGAAAAGAAUAUGAAGUGGAAAGUCAUAUUCUGGUGCACAACGUUUAACAAACACUGCCUGCCCAGAUUGCAUCUGUUCUAGAAUGUGUGACAAGUGCCUUUGCCAGAGAUUGGAAAUUUAUAUUUUUCUACUUUCAUUGUCAUUGAAGUCACAAUUUAAAUCCCUCUCUUGGCUUUUUUUCUUUUCGGUGAGCACUCAGCUUUUUCUUUACACUGUAGAUUAUUAGUGGUGCCUCAUUUUCCUUUUUGUUUAGCUGGAAUAUUUUGACCAAGGUUGGGAUUUUGGUCGUCCUUAUUGUCUGCCGUUAAACCACAACUGCUAUGUUUUUGGUCGAUUUUCUGAAAUAGAUUUUAGCAUAUUAAGAACUAUAGUAUUUCCCCAUGUGGCAAUAAAUGACUGGACCACAUUAUGCAUUAAUAAUGGCUGUGUAUGGAAACAGCUGUGCGUGGUUCAAGAUCAAAGUGCCUUUUACCUGGACAAAUGCAGGGCAUUCAUUGUACUUUUGUGCGACUACCUUCCUUCUGUUUUGUAUGAGUCGUAUCUUUUAUAAAAAUACAAAAUAAAAAACAUUCCUCAAACAAUGCAAAUCUAUACGACGGCAGGUCAACCCAUCAGCAUGGUCUCAUAGUGAUGUAGCACUCAGGUGGUUAAAGGGCAAAUACUACCAAAACCUGGAAUGAGGAAUUUAGCCCCACUGGAAAAUACUUUCUUGUUUGUAAUUUUUUUUCUGUUGUUUGUCACCGAUGUGAGGUAAAAGCUAAAAUAAAAAAGAGAUUUUUUUUUUUGCUCCUGAGUUUGUGCCAUAUAAUAUCCUCAUACAUAUAGGGGUGCACUAAAAAUCUGUGAGAAUUUGUUGUGGAGUUAUACGUUUUUAUGUGAAGUAGUUUUUAUUUUGUUGUUUUGUUUGUUAACUUGUUUUAUAGUGGAAUAUAAUAGAAGUCGUAGAAUAUAAAACAUGUACUGCCGGUUAUGAUGCUCACACCAAAAGAAUUAAAAAUAAAAAUACAUGUGUGCAAUAAAGAACCAUAUUUACAAGUGUCA